AUGGGGGGUUUUUCGCUCGAGGAUUUUGACAAGCACAUCGAAAACCUACGCGCGCAAUUACUGUUCCUCAACGAAGGUCUCGAUGCGACAGAUCAUAAUGCGCCCGACUGGCUUGCCACCGAUCUCAUAUCACUACGAAACAAGUCGGGUAGACUGCAAGACGACAUGAAGAGGUUUAGGGAUCAACUUGAAAGUGAGGGUCUGGCAGAGAAGAAGACCAAGACCUCCCACAAACGACUCAGUCUAGAAGGCGCGAAAUCAUUAGAUGCGGUGCAUCCUGCGCGCACCCCAAGUUCGCAAGCCCACGCUGUAUCUCCUCUCGUAGACCCAGGUCUCACGCCGCGCGCCAAAUCUGCGCAAUCCGAACCAGCCUACGUAGUCGAACACAUCGACGUCACAGAAGAAGUAAAUAAGCGGUUACGCGAGAGUCGCCUGCAGCGCUUGAUGGAAACUCCGAGUACAGCACAAAAGCGAAAGUUUGAGAACUACGAGGACAUGAUGGCAGAGGACGGAGCAGAUGCGGAAGAAGAUGGCAAUUUGCGGAGCAGUGAGUAUGAAAGGACACCAGUAAAGCGGCUGAGAAGUAGUGGGACGUUUGAGCCAACACUCAAGAGGAAGGAGAAUGGGAGUACAGGAGGUGGUGGUUCCGACCGGCUGGAGAGCAGGACAGACUUCAAGCGACGAAGGCUCUGA